ACCGGGGCAUUGGCUUGGAGCUGGUCAGGCAGCUGCUUGAGAAAAGCAAUCGUCCAGAAAGGAUUUUUGCCACCUGCCGGGAACCAGAAGGACCACGUGCCCAGUUGCAUGACUUUGAACUCUUGCCCAGGAGGACUCCACACUCAGAGAAGACUUUUGUUGAGCUACAACAAUGGUACAAGUCAGGCAAACAAUGCAACAAUUUUGAAAUUGAAGGAUUUGGCUGCAAAGCACAAGGAAGUGGAGAUCGUCCAACUGGACACGGCUGAGCCAUCCAGCAUCAAGAGCGCUGCUGCCAGAGUCAGUGAGCAGCUGAAAGGAACUGGAUUAAAUCUGUUGAUAAACAAUGCGGCGACUCUAAAUUUAAACACUUUGGACACAGAGACAUCAGAUGGCAUGGCUGAGGUGUUCAAGACCAAUGUGAUUGGACCAUUUGUGGUAGGGCAGGCAUUCCUGCCCUUGCUGAGGAAGGCAUCUCAGGAAAGUCCCCAGAAAGGGAUGAGUUGCAGCAAAGCUGCCAUCGUCAACAUAUCCAGUGAAGGCGGCUCCAUCACCAAUGUUUUAAUGUGGAAUAUGGUACAGGCCUUGUCUUACCGUUGCAGCAAGGCUGCUCUGAAUAUGCUCACAAAGUGCCAGUCCCUGGGAUAUUCAGAUGACAAGAUCCUGUGCGUUGCGUUGCAUCCUGGAUGGGUGCAGACAGACAUGGGAAAUGCAGCAGCUCAGGCCCCGUUGACGGUAGACCAGAGUGUGGGAGCCAUUCUGAACACUUUUGCCCAUCUCUCAGAAAAAGAUAACGGGACUUUUGUGAAUUGGGAGGGGAAAGCCAUUCCCUGGUGAGGCACUCAGCAUUACUUGCAUCCAGCAGUCAAUUGACCGUUGCCAAUGGAAAAACCCAACCGUCCAGAAAUUGUUGCUUUUAUUGUUUUCUCAUCAAUAAAUACCAUCUUACAUCUUC